AUGGCGGCCUCCUGGAGGUUCGGCUGCGACCCUCCGCUGCUGCGCUACCUCCUGGGCCUCGGCAGCCAGCGAAGCGUGGGGUGUGCGAGGGCUCCGGCUUUGUCGUCUGUCAUCCGCGGGACUAGCUGGAGAUGGCUUCACAGUUCGCAGUGGCGGUGGGGUGAGCCUAUUAAGAUACUAAUGCCCUCCUUGUCUCCUACAAUGGAGCAAGGAAAUAUUGUGAAAUGGCUGAAGAAGGAAGGUGAAGCUGUGAGUGCUGGAGAUGCACUGUGUGAAAUCGAGACUGACAAGGCUGUGGUUACCUUAGACGCAGGCGAUGACGGCAUCUUGGCCAAAAUAGUUGUUGAAGAAGGAGCCAAAGAUGUAAGGCUGGGUUCACUAAUUGGCUUGAUGGUUGAAGAAGGAGAAGAUUGGAAACAAGUUGAAAUUCCCAAAGAUGUUGGGCCUCCACCACCAGUUUCAAAACCAGCAAUGCCUCAUCCCUCACCAGAACCACAGGUUUCUGUUCCUGCUAAGAAGCAACACCCAGCAGGCCCAAUGCAGUUCCGCUUGAGUCCAGCUGCCCGUAAUAUUCUGGAAAAGCAUGCACUGGAUGCCAGCCAGGGCACAGCUACUGGCCCUCGGGGAAUCUUCACUAAAGAAGAUGCUCUCAACCUGGUCAAGCUGAAACAGAUGGGCAAGAUUACUGAGACUAGACCAGCCCCAGCUCCUCCAGUCACUCCAAAAGCCUCUUUACCACCCCCUGCCACAACUGGGCCAUCAUAUCCCCGGCCCAUGAUCCCACCAUUAUCAACUCCUGGACAACAGAAUGUUGUGGGCACAUUCACUGAUAUUCCUGCUAGCAAUAUUCGAAGAGUUAUUGCCAAGCGGUUAACUGAGUCUAAAAGUACUGUACCUCAUGCAUAUGCUACUGCAGACUGUGACCUGGGAGCAGUUUUAAAAGUUAGACAAGAUUUAGUGAGAGAUGACAUUAAAGUUUCAGUAAAUGAUUUUAUCAUCAAGGCAGCGGCUGUUACUCUUAGACAAAUGCCAGGUGUCAAUGUCAGCUGGGAUGGGACAGGCCCAAAACAGCUAUCCUCUAUUGACAUUUCAGUGGCUGUGGCAACAGAUAAAGGUUUAAUUACUCCAAUCAUAAAAGAUGCUGCUGCUAAGGGAAUACAGGAAAUUUCCAAGUCUGUGAAGGCUCUAUCGAAGAAAGCAAGAGAUGGAAAAUUAUUACCUGAAGAAUAUCAAGGAGGAUCUUUUAGUAUUUCCAACUUGGGGAUGUUUGGCAUCGAUGAGUUCACUGCGGUGAUCAACCCUCCUCAGGCGUGCAUCUUGGCUGUUGGGAGAUCCCGCCCUGUGCUGAAGCUGAUUGAGGAUGAAGAGGGGAAUGGCACCCUGAAACAGCACCAGUUCAUCACUGUCACCAUGUCAAGUGACAGCCGAGUCGUUGAUGAUGAACUAGCUACCAGAUUUCUUGAGAGUUUUAAAGCAAACCUAGAAAAUCCUGUCCUUCUUGCUUAGUCCUCAAAGACAGGAACUGCAUUGAGUAGUUUUUACCAAGGAACACAAUAGGAAAACGGUUAGGUAUUUAAAUAUGAAAUGGAUGAAUUGCUUAUUUAUUUAAAGUGAAAGCUUCUGACUUUCUUUGUCUUCAUUUUCAGUGUGAGAUUAUUGUGAAAUAAAUGACAAUAUACACUAUAACUGAUAAAGAGAAGAGAAGAUUUGGUUAGUCAAAUCCAUUUUUAACCUCUGGUGCUGUACAGAAGGGUUCAGAUGUAACUAGGUGAAAAUCAAAUCAUGUUUGACUCAAAUCCUACGUUUACAGUACAGUGUAAACUCAAAAAAAUUGAUAGAACUCUAUCUUGUGUUAAAAUUACAAAUGGGCUCCAAAGAAAUGCCUCUUAACUUAGCAGUGAAAUCUUUAUAAGCACUGCUCUAGAUAUACUUGAACAGUUUAAUAUGUGCAGAAGUUUUUUGAGAUAAUAGUAAAUAAAUAAGGAUCAUAUUCUAUAAGAGAUUGUAGCAACAUUAUUAAAAUGUUUAUGUAUAUAAAGCCAUAUAUGUUUUAACCAUGUA